CUCAUAAUUUCCUCAACUUCCACGCAUGUCUUUCGGUGCAAGAAUUUGCAUCCCAGCCGUUGCAGACAGCUGAUCCGAUGAUAUCCUGACGUGCUGCGCUACAUAUUGUUGAUUGUGUAAAAGUGUCUAAUUGUGAGAAAAACAUUUUGAGCCUAACGAAGUCUUCUUCGCGUCUACCCUUGAAAAUUUGAUGUUGCUUGCCGCAUGGUAGAACGCCCACAAACAAUGCGUGAAUGAAAUUGUUCGUCAACGUUAAAUGGAUGCGAAACGUAUUGGGAAACACAGAAACAGAAAUCUUGUAAUUCAUUCGUGUCGCUUCGAAUCUCGUUUAUUAGACUACAAUAAGCGGUUAUGGUAUAUUUGUCAGGUGUUUGGGGCAUGGGAGAGACUAAAUCACAGUGCCAUAACACAACAAACAGUUCUUCCUCCUUUCUUCAGGAGAAUGACGAAGAAGUCGCGCUGUUACCACUCUCGAAUCAGGUCGGUGGACAUACAAGAUUGCUCUUACUUAACCAGAAUACUAUUUGCAAGCCACUGAACUAUAGAGAACUUGAUUUUUAUCAAAACAUUCCACAAGACAUACAAAUCUUUGCCCCAAAAUUUAAAGGUGUUAUGCAAGCUUCCAAUAGUGAAGAAGUUAAAUUAGAGAAACGAUACAGUCCCAGCUUUAGGGAACAAGACAGUAGACAAGGACAUAAUUCAACUAAGAGGAAGAGAGACGAUGUCCUCAGAAUGAAAAUUCAUCGAGAUAACACUUUAACGGGAAUACCAAGACCAGGAAUGCAUUUGGAUAAUACAUCUAACAGACAGUAUUUUCUUUUAUUGGAGAACAUAACUUCACGGUAUACGCAUCCAUGUAUAUUGGAUUUGAAAAUGGGUAUCAGACAGCACGGCGAUGAUGCAUCCGCAGAAAAACGCAGCCACCAGAUUGCAAAAUGUGCUGCCAGCACAUCAGCCUCGUUAGGCGUUCGACUGUGUGGAAUGCAGGCGUACCAAGCUGAUGCCAAUCAAUAUAUCAAGCGAGAUAAAUAUUGGGGCAGGGAACUGAACGAAGAAGGUUUCAAGGCAGCAUUGUAUAGCUUUUUCCAUAACGGUUACCGUUUGAGAACGGUAGUCGUUGAAAAAGUCGUAUCCCAGUUGGAUCAGUUACGACGCGCGAUCGAAAGACAAAGCAGUUAUCGCUUCUAUUCAUGCUCCUUGUUAGUUGUAUACGAAGGAUAUCAAAUAAAUGAUUUUUCGAAUCAUUCAUCGUCUACAUUACAAACAGAAGAAGAGUCAACCAACUCUAGUUUCGUUGAUGACGUUGCUCAUAGCUCAGAAACAUGCUAUGACGCAGACACAAGUAACAGUUCCACAGACUACAAUCUUUCCAUUCAGGAGGAAAUUAGUCAAGCAACAUUACACAAAGGAUUUGGCGAAGCAGCCGCAAGAGGGGCCAAGAAUACCGCUAUUUUCUAUCCCGCAAGCAGCGAGGAGACUGUUUUCGACGAAUCUAGCGACAGCUUGAUCGACACAGUGCUUCAAACUCCCAGAUACGAACAGUGGAUGAUUUAUGGCAGUUCGAACGACGAAUUUUGUUUCGAGCAAAGCUCGGAUAUCGCGGAAGGCACUAGUUCCGACAUGGAAGUUAGAUCGGAUAGCGGACCGAAAAGACAAAGACACGGAAAUCGGCUGCUUCGUCUUUACGAGAAGGAGGAGAGAACGGAGGAAGAGGUCGAGUGCGACAGUAUAUCAAACAGGUACGCAUCUUGUAAUUAUCGGACUAAGAAUAAACAAAAAUCUCAAGAAGCGCUCGUCGACGUGAGAAUGAUCGACUUUGCUCAUACAACUUUUGUUCACGGCUCGGCGACCGUGGCUUGCAAUUCGAAUUCAACAGUGCAUCAAGGUCCGGACUGCAAUUUCUUAACCGGUCUCGAUAGUUUAAAACGUCUCCUUCUUGAAAUUUUGACCGAGGGCUGAAGAGAAAAGUCAGAGGCGCACGCCCCCACCCCCUCUAUGUACACGUAUUUAAAUGACGGGACACGUUGAAUAU